AUGCAGAAAAAAGAAACAAGAAAGAAAGACGAGCCUCAGCUGCUUGUCAAGAGAUUAUCAGACAAGGCCAGGUUGCCCACUCGUGGCUCCGCCCUCGCCGCAGGCUAUGACUUGUACAGUGCCGAAGACAAAGUCAUCCCUGCCCGAGGGAAAGCCAUGGUAGACACUCAGCUCUCAAUAGCUGUACCUCCAGGGACAUAUGGACGCGUCGCUCCUCGCAGUGGCCUCGCUUCAAAAUUCAUGAUAGAUACCGGCGCCGGGGUCGUUGACGCAGACUACCGUGGCGUAAUUUUCGUUCUCCUUUACAACUUUUCGGACACAGAUUUUCAUGUUCAAGAGGGUGAUCGUAUCGCCCAGCUUAUCCUCGAGAGAAUCUAUACCCCAGAGGUGUUGGAAGUUGAAAGCCUGAACGAAACUGCUAGAGGGAGCAAUGGCUUCGGCUCUACAGGUGGACAUAAACUGCUGUCUUCUUGA